CUUACUUGAUAUCUAAUCAGUGUUAUUUUUGAAAAUGAAAGUGAACACUGUUAUUGAAACGUUGAGCCGUAGUUUCUGUCACCACGGCAGAUUGGACUUGUCUAAGAUCUCUCGGCUCGGAAAAGCGGCAUCUAGCGGCACCAGACGUGAGUGCAGUGGUGAGUUGGCACCAACAAACUUUUCCUCCAAACGUCCACCCCUUUUCACCGGCAAUAUGAAGCUACAGGUGGUCUUGGUGUUUUUCUGUGGAUUCCCCGUAUUGGAAGGCGCUAAGAAGAAGAAGGACCUUGAGAUCCAGGUGGAUUAUAAGCCCGAAGACUGCUCCGUGCGUGCGGCACUGGGAGACACCGUGUCUGUACACUACACAGGUUACCUGGACUCCGGGGCCAUCUUCGACUCCUCCCGCCAGGAAGGCCGCGAGCCCAUCGCCUUCCAGCUGGGGGCCAGGAAGGUGAUCCCGGGCUGGGAACAGGGCAUCGUCGGCAUGUGUGUGGGAGAGAAGCGGAGACUGGUCAUCCCUCCGCAUCUGGCGUAUGGGAAGGAGGGCAGAUCACCGGUCAUCCCUCCCCAGGCCACUCUGACCUUUGAACGGAGCUGGUGACCAUUGACACGGUGUCCUCUGCAGACACAGUCCUCUCCUUUCUGAGUUUUGCUGCGGUUCCUCUGGCUGUAUUAGGAUUUGUCUACUACUUGUACAACAAGGCAUCAACUGCUCCCACCAAGAAAGACCUUAAAGAAGAAAGGAAGAACAAAAAGAGAAAAUAAAAUAGAGUUUUAACCUUAAGCAUCAGUGCCUUACAUCAGUUUUAUAUCUUUUAAUACAGGUGAUCGGGAAUAUGAUAAUAAUUUUUUAUUUGCAAAAUCAUGCCUGAAGGCUUAUUGCAUGUACAUUCUCCAAGACUAAAGAGUAGAAAAUAGUGUGACACAUAACACUAUAUUAUACAAUAUUAUACUAUCGUCGGGGUUGACUUCUUGUUUGAAGGCAGUGGUAUAAUGUUCCUCAGAGACAGGUGAUUGGGGUGGCCUUGUUAUAUUUUCAAACAUCAAGUAAUGUUGAAGCAUUAUGCUGCAUUAGGCAUUUAGGACUAGCAGAUCAUUGUCAUUGAUAAUAGUACUAUUUAAUACCAUUGAUAGAGCUAUGUGCCUGAUCCUAAGACAUCUUUGACUUUAAAACCAUUGGCAGCUAUGAUGAUGGAACACAUGUAUGUAUGAACCGUGUUGCCUUCUCAUCUGAAAUAUAUUGCAGCUAGAAUGAUACAAUUGUAUGUGGUCUAUUGUUAUUACUGUAAAUGCAUUUAAGUUUGCGGGGAUUUAAUUUCGCGGUAGCGGGGAAAUGGACUUUUUGCGGUGGUUUUAAUUUCGCGGUAGCACCAUGCACUGUAGUCUCUUACUGUUCUGGAAAAAUAUUCGCGAACAUUUCUGCAUUUACAGUAGUAUUUUGGUAUGACAUCCAUAUUCUAAUCAGUGACAAAAUGAAUUGAGAUUACUGGUAUUUUUAUUAUGUCAUGCUGAAGUUGUGGUGGAGGGAAUUGACAGUAAACAGUAAGAAGAUGACGUUUCCAGAAUCAUGUUUCGUAAAAUAUGCAAUGAGGCGGUUGCCCAUAUAAUUUGUUUUAAACCUCUGUGACUGAGACUAUGUGUAUGUGCAUGGCGCAUUAAAAAAAUAGAGUUC